AUGAACAAGAACUGGAAUGACAGGGCAGAUAAAGAUCUGUUCUUCACCAUCUUGUCCGUCAAGAACAUAGGCGUUAUCAGUGGCGCAGAAUGGACAACCAUCGGCAAUCAUAUGCGCGGCCUCGGCUAUGGCUUCACCAAUGAAGGAUGCCGGCAACACUUUCAGGGUCUCAGGAGAGCACAAAACAAGGCCGAAGUGGAUGGAAGUCACUCUGAAAGUGCUAGAAGAGCUGACCCAACCUUGAAUCCCAUCACUAGAAGACCAGGGCCUGGCCGGGGACGCCCCAGAAAGUCACAGGCCCAGGAGUCCGAUCAGCCUGACGCAAAUACCGCUGAUAACUCUCCAACUGGUCUUGCUGCUGGCGUACCUACCACGGUUUCUACGGUUUCUACGGUUUCUACUGCUGUCCCGACGGUGCUUCCCGGAGCUGUCGUAUCCAGUCCUAUGCCAGGCCACGGCCAGGUUAUGACUGCUUCUGCUGUGCCGCUUCAGCAACAACAGCAGCUUCAGCAACAGCAACUUCAGCAACUUCAAGCUCAACAACUUCAGCCUCAACACCAGCACCAAUUUCAACAGCAACAACAACACCACUUCCAACAACAAAUGCAGCAGCACCAAUCACAGCUCCAGCCGCAGCUCAAAACAGAGAUGCAUGAUGCUGAUGGCAUCUCUGUCUCUGCCCAGACACCGAAUGAUAUCGCUUCUAACCAUCUGAUUGGAUCGGAACCCGGGUCGACAACCUCUCAAGAACAGCUCCAACUGGAUGCUGUGCAAAGUGGUGAUGAUGAGGAAGAAGAAGAAGAAGAUACAGAUGAACAUCCUUCCAAGCGACAAAGGUUAGACCCCCACGACCUCGGCCAAGAUUCAGCUCUCGAUGACGAAGCUGUGCUGGCGCUGGCCGCUCACAACGGCGCGGACGGCACAGAUCCGUAUCCCUCAAACUUUGGGUUCCAAGAUGGUCAGAUCUGA